AUGUCCUAUGGCUGGCUAACUGAAAGUACGUUAUUCGGGAAAAAAGAAAAAGUCAUUGAACUAGGCAAGGACAAGUUAUUCAACGAAAGUAAAAAUAAUAAGAAAAGCGAAAACAGCAUCGAUCAGCUAAACGGAAUUGUUAACUCGUACCUCCAAAAUGUAAAGGAAAGCAAAAAGAAUGAAUUAGGGAGGAAAAAGCUGAGUUAUGAAGACAAACUGUACAAUGCCAAAAAUGACGGCGUGGAAAAGCGCAACAGACAAGACAGGAAAGACACCUCGGUGAAGAAGCAAAUAAAUAAGGUGAAAAAAUAUGAAGAGCUGAAGAAAGGGGGACGCAACGAUCCCAAGUGCUUAGUCAAUUUCGAAUCCAAGAAGAAAAUGGAAAGUGAACUGGAAGAAAUUCGAAAACUCAAGGCACAGAGGAAUGGCCAAAUGUAUGAACAAACCUGA